GUAGUUUGUAUCUGAGGGCGAGUGUGUGUGCAGUGCUGGAGCUGCGAAGACCUCUCGCCGGCAUGAGCAGUGAGACAGUGCUUGAAGCUUCGGCUUCCCCAUCAGUAGUAGGUUCCUCUUCCUCACCAACAUUACUGAAGAGGAACAGUCCUUCCCCACCAUGUACUACAACGUCCCUAGCAUCGCAUCUUCUCGCCGCUGUGUCUCAAGUGCAAAGUUUAAGUUCCCAUCUUCCACCGUCGUUGCCGUUGCCGUCGUCUUCUCCACCAGGAGGUGCUCUGGCAGGAGGAUAUUGUAGAUCAGGUCUUUUGGGAGGCAUGCCAAACCUUCAAUUCGGCUCAGAGCCUCCCAUGUCCUCUCUGCUCGCGGGUCUCAAGGAAUUUCCACGACAGUAUCAUUCUCCGCCGCCGCUGCCGUCUACCGAAAGCCAUGAGUGUAAAAUCGUUGAAUAUCGGGGUGCGAAAGUUGCCGCUUUCAUUAUCAAUGGUGAAACUAUGUUGUGUUUGCCUCAGGCUUUCGAACUGUUCUUGAAACAUCUAGUUGGUGGUUUGCAUACGGUGUAUACGAAGCUCAAAAGACUUUCUAUCGAGCCAAUAGUGUGCAAUGUUGAUCAAGUUCGGAUCUUGCGUGGGCUUGGGGCAAUUCAGCCUGGCGUGAAUCGGUGCAAGCUUCUUUCGAUGCAGCACUUCGACAUUCUCUACCGCGACUGCACUACGGCCAGCUCCAGACCCGGCCGUCCCCCUAAACGAGCCUCAGACUUCAUGGCUAUGACUCCUACACACGAUGCUUUCUACGAUCUUAAGAAGCGACAUCUCGACUCUGUAGGCGCGGGACAGCCAGGCCUCCUACAUGGACUUAACGGCUGCUCGCCCCCAGGCAUGCCCAACGGGGGCACCGGCUCAAUCAAUGGUGUCAAUGGGAUGUUCGCUAAUGGACAUUUAGACCACCGUCUGGACAAAUCCCCCCUGCUGGGGAACGGCUACCACGCGCCUCCCCACUUCAACCCCCUGCAAUACAUGGCACAACACAUGGCAGGGUUGGGGUAUCCCCCACUUCUGCCGGGUGGGUUGCCCGGUGGGCUGUCGGGUGGACUGCCGGGUGGACCGGGUGUGCCCCACCCCAUCUCCCCCACAGACGGAUCCCCACUCAAACACCCACCGAUAAAAACUGAGACGCUGGCGAGAAUCCACGAAGAACGUCUAGAGCGCGAACGCCAGUUGUCCAAUGACCAACGCCGUGGAAGUCUUCCUCCUACUUUCACACCCACUUCCUUGGGAUCGUCCACUUUGCUGCAACAUCACCUCCACCAACAGCAACAUCUUUUCCAGCAACAUCAGUUGCAACAGCAACAGCAACAACAGAAUAAGCUACACUCGGUUAGCGCUCCCUACACUCCUACGUCACUCAUUCCACCCUCUACAUCUUCUCCCACACCCCCCACGUCUUCCGCUAAUUCAACAGUAUUAGACGAUGCUCAUGAUCCACACGGCUCGGCGUCGAGUCAAGCACAGCAGCAUUCCAACAACAAGGAUUCCGAUAUGAACAAUAGAUCUGCGUCCAGCAGAAACGGGUCUCCGAUUCUAAAUUUAUCCAAAGUUGACGAAGUCACGGGGCAGGAUGAGAACCGUGCGCAAGAUCGUCUCGACACGAUCAGUCACGACUCGGAGCGAGCCAUGCACGAUGAUGACGAUAGACAACAACAAAGCUCGUCUCGAGACGAAGAAAGGCUGUCCGAAAUGGAUGAUGAUGAUAUCGAUAAAGAUGAAUCCAUGGACACCCUCGACAUGUGGGGGCGGUCUUCGAGUACCCCGGGCCAGACCCAACUGGGCCCGUCCCCCAUCAGCUCCAUGAUCCCCCCCGUGGGGCUGCUAGGGUCAGCCCCGUUGUCCUCAACUGAGGUUCUGCUGAGGAAUAUUUUGGGGCUACUUAGAGUGGCUGAGGAGAACGCCCGCCAUCAUGAGAGGAGGACGCAACACGAGAAAGCUGAGCUAAAAAUGGAGGUAUUGCGUGAACGAGAAAUGAGGGAGUCUUUGGAAAAGCAGCUUCAGGAAGAACACAAAAAUCGAAUCCUGAUGCAAAAACGUUGCGCUAAACUCAAGAAACUGCGCCGACGCUUGCAAGAACGUCUAGACUUGGAGGUCGUGCAACGGAAGCGCAAAGAGGGAGAUGCCGGCCACACCGACUCUUCAGAGGCUAUGGCAGAAGCCAAUGGACCUUCCUCUUCUCCAUCCGCAGACUCGCUACGUAAGGAAAUCGACGCCCUGACGUCGGACUUCCAGCAGGACGGACUACAGGCUGGAGACGUGCUGCAGGGCCUGGCUAAGGAGUCCAGCGAUCGUCUCAUGGUCGCACCUGGUCUCGUAGCCGCCACUAGUGUUGGCUCCUGGCGAUAAAUUUAAAUUAAUGAUUAUAAUCGAAUGUAAUUUGGUGAUGCAUUAUGUAAUUUUAUUUUGCUAAGUGUGGUGAAAAAUUUUAUUUGACAACAUU